GUCAGACGAGUACCAGGUUCCAGUGGUCACCUUCAUAAAACAGAAGAUGGGGACUGGGAAUGGAGUGAUGAUGAAAUGGAUGAGAAGAGCGAGGAAGGCAAAGCUGCUGUUUCUCAGGAAAAGUCACGAAGAGUAAAAGAGGAGGAGAACACAGAGUCUCAGCCUCCUGUUAGUGACGAAUAUAGUGAAGUUCCAUGUGCGGUGAAUCUUGUCUUAAGAUUAAGGAACUCCAGGAAAGAACUUAAUGACAUACGGUUUGAGUUUACUCCAGGUAGAGACACAGCAGAUGGCGUUUCUCAGGAGCUGUUCUCUGCAGGCCUGGUUGAUGGCCAUGAUGUAGUUAUAGUUGCUGCUAACUUACAGAAGAUAGUAGAUGAUCCAAAGGCCUUGAAAACAUUGACUUUUAAGUUGGCCUCCGGCUGCGACGGCACCGAGAUUCCCGAUGAAGUGAAACUGAUUGGGUUUGCUCAGUUAAGUGUCAGCUGAUGUCUGUCCCCUGACCCCCAGCCGAAUUGUGAGAUUGCGAAGAGGCCAGCUUAGAUGCAAAGGAAAAUUAAUGCACCACACACUGAGUUCUGCUUCAUUCUCUAGCAAUUCACAAAGUCAGAACAAGCAAAGCCCACAGCUACACCGCUGCUGCUGCUAACAUUCAAAAUGCUACUCAAUGUCUCUUAGCAGUUGAUUUGGAUUCCCCCUAAGUGAAAAGCCUGUGGAAGUGCACUCAGGUGGCUGUAUUUAUUGGUUACAAAAGGAAUUUUCUAUCAAGCUUACUUCUUUCAUAAACUUUGAGUGAUACUAUUUUACCUGUACUUGUGGUUUAUAAUACUGCCUCUGUUCUGUUAUAUUUAGAAAUUAACAUACAUAUAAAAGUUAAGAAUUAUUAGCCAAACUUGAAUUCUAGUUUUAAAGCUGACUGUGAAUUUUAUUUUCAUAUAUUUAUGCAUUACACAUCCUAGUAAUAAGAAAAUGAUUUGACUUGAUUAUGUGCUAUUUGCAGUUAAUCUCCCAUUAUUUAAAAAACUUUCAGGUAUAUCUUUGAAGUAUUUGGUAACUUCUGGGGUUUUUUUGAAAUUAAUUAAUUAGGUAUUAGCAAGCUUUUGUUGGUUGUGUGUCUAAAAACAAGUCCACAAACUGAUUGUCAAGGGAGUGGGAGGUGCCUUGCAGACAUUAAUGUUUUAAGAAUGUGCCUGAGGCUGCUUAAAUAAAUAAUCUCCAUAUUCUAGAAGUAC